CUAAUUUCUUAGUGAUUGUUUAUUUAAAUUAUUGCAAAAUUCCUUGAGCAUUUACUUAAUGUCAGUUAUAGUCAUAGUCAAUUUAUUAGAUAGCAAAUAGAAUUUUUACAAACAAAAAGCCCAUUGCUUAACUAAUCUGAAAUGUUUAGUAAAAAAUGUUGCCACACUUUGGUGUGCUGAUUGGCAUUUUGCAACUUUAUAUGGUAGUAACUGAAUUAGUGUUGUGUCAUUGACUACAAUGUGCUAUAUUUGUUUUGCCUAAAGUUUCAGUAGCUUUGAAAUACCUUACUUGGAAGUAGUUUACAAAUAAGUGAAAAUUAGAACCAAAUUUUCAUCAAAUGGUAUAACUGUAUCUGGACUACAAUAUUUUAGAGAGGUUCCUAUUGCUGAUUACUGUUAGACAGAAAAAAGCUACUGUUCAUACCUUUCAUGUUUCAUGCAAAAUCAUUUUGAGUUCUAUCUUGAUCUCAUCUUUUUAUAGUACCUUUAAGUCAAGACUGACCUUUAAUCACUACAUAGACUAUAUAGACAAGUCUAUCCAGUUUCCUUGAAAAAUAUUUUGGAAAAUGAUUUGCUGUUGUCUUUUUCCUUUGUUGAGAAAGACUGUUUUUAAAGAGAUCUUUCCCCACGAAGGCUGCCAUAAACCAGAAUGAGAUGUUGGCUAGCAAUUCAGGGAUUCAAAAAUAUUUUAGGCACCAUACUGAAAAAAGAAGCGCUAUAACUUUUAAUGCAUUUAGGAGAGAGGAAAAUAUUGCUGAACAACUGAUUAUUUGAUUACCAGAUUCAAUGUUAUUGUAGAAUCUUUGACAAAUUGUUGAACUAAUUUAUCUAGAUCAAUUUGCAAAGCUUCAUUUUUUUCAGAGUAUGCAAUUGUAUUCAACAUUUCCCACUGUUUAAACCAGCCGGUUGAGGAAUUCUGGCAGUUGAAGUCCAGAUAUCUUAAAGUUUCUGAGGUUGAGAAAUACUGGCUUAGACCAUAAAAGGGGUUGAUUUUUUUAAAGGUCCAGAGCCUCUCCAAAGGGUCUUCUCUUUUGCUGCAGAGAGUAACUCAGCUUCCCUCUGAAAAUCUUGUUAUCUUUCAUAUUGAGUUAAGGAUGCAACAUUUUAAAAAGCAAAUUGCAUUCUUUUAUUCCAGCAUGUCUUUUGAAAGUAUAAUUUUAUAAUAAUUUUGUUUGAAAUUUAGGUCCAAAUUCACAGUUUGAAACAAAAGAAUAGAAAUCUUGUCUCAGUUUGCAUAUUUACUCUACUACAUUUCCUAUUUUUUGUAAUUUCCAGGGAACAAGAAAGGAAGCAGGCUGCUUUAGUCAUCCUUUCCGUGUUCUGACACUUCUGGUAACCGAAGAUAGCCUGUUAGCUUUCAGAUCAGAUAUGCCAGUGGAAUUCCCCCUCCCUCUUUUCAUUACAUAACACAUUCCCACUGUUAAGCCUCUGAUAAGCAAGAUUUUGAGAAUACUAACUAUUUCUGUGUUAGGUAAUUUAAGAGGAAAACCUUAGAGCACCAUUGCUAGAGCUUUAAGCUUGAUCUUUCUUGAAUUUUCAUAGAGCAUUUAAAGCCAAUUGAUUAAACUUGACCUGAAUGUAGAAAGCAUUCUUCAAGAAAUGAUAUAUAAUUAUCAAUUGUUUAUUUUGUUAUUGUGUAGAAUACUUUCCUAGUUUAUGUGUAAAAUUUAUCAACAUGUGAAUUAAUUGAUAGAAUGAUUUUCUAUCAUGCACUUGAUCUAUUCUUAUAUAUAUAUUAAUUGCAUUUGUGAGUGUUUGUAAAGGAAUGUAGAGCUGACCAUGGGGAUAGGAAAGAGAUGAACAAGCCAUUAAAAAUGACUUGUAGAAGAAAAAUUAUACUGUUCUUACACCAGAGCCAAGAUAAACUCUGCCUUAAUUUCACUUUUGUAAGAUAGGACAAAGAAACUUCAAGAUUGUGUUACUCUACUUUAGUAUAAUAAAAUAUUCCUAAUAUUCCUAAAUUCUAUCAUGUCCAUUUCUUGACCUGGCCUACCUUAACAGUAUUUAAGGAAUCAUAUGCUGAUAUAUUAUCCAAGGAAAUGUAAUGCUAAAGCAGAGUGUCUAUGUCAUUUGGGGUGGUAUGGGGGUGGAGUCUCAUCUGAUAAUGCUAGGAAGUUAUUUUAUUUACUUUAUUUGUAUUCUGCCAUUCAUAAACUUCACAAAACUAAAAAAGAACACAAUUAAAUCUAAAGAUGAACCUAACAAUAAAAAUAUUAAUUAACCCAACCAAGAAGAAAAAUUGAAAAAAAACCCACUAUCCAAUAUUACCAGGGACAAAAAUAAAUCUAAGUCAGGUAUUUGCUAAUAUAUGUUAAUAUCCAUAACUUCCUUGUGUGAUAGAUAGAAAAUAUAGCUCCUAAUGGCUCUUCUGAAGCUCAGCUGGCAAUUUGAUAGAGAAGGUGUUCCAAAGCAUAGGGCAGGGAUAAAAGAGGCCCAUUUCCUAGGUCCAAUUAGAUGACAUUUUUGAAAAGAGUAGGGAAUUGAGACUAUUUUUAAUCUGAUUGGGUGGCCAGAUGAAGAAGAGAAAAUGUUGUCCUGUGCAUAACCAAGUCCUGGGCAUAGAGUGACAUAGAGUCAAAAGUGCUAAAACCUUAUUGAAUUGCAUCCAAAACCUAACUGGCAACCAAUGCAGCUUCCAAAAUGGUGGUGGUGGUGGAGGUGUUUGUCACCUGAAUAUAAAGGGAAACAGCCAUUGCCAUCCUGAAUGCACAAUUAAGGAUAGCACUCUGUAGAGAGCAUUAUUACAAUUCAAACAAGAGGUACCUAGAACAAUGCUUCCAAGUGUAGCUGGAGCAAGGCUUCCAUAUGUAGCUGAAAAGCUCUCCUGGCUGUAGUUGCUAUUUAGUUUUUAAACUGGAACCGUACAUUCAAGAGACUCCCAUAUUUGUCGAUUAUCUCUGAGCAGAUGAGUACAUCUGUAUUCAGAGUUUAAGAUGGUAUUGGACUUAUUUUGCUUAUAAACUCAAAGCCAUUGUUUUCGUUCUAUCUAGACCUAGCAGGCCUCUAGUUACUGGGUUAGUAAGACACCUGUUUGACCCAGAUCUGGUACCAGCCAUACUCUUAGCAGAGCGUAGGGUGUUAUCUAUUAAGACCUUGUGGGCAUCUAGAGACAUUACUCCACACAAAAUGAUUUAUCUGGUUAUUGUGGAGUAAGUCUCUCGAUGUGGUUCAUAUGCAUCCAGAAGUUGCCUCUAUAUACUCAAAUUUGUUGUAUCUACUCCAUGGUAAUAUUUUAGGAAAAUAGUUGCAGAUGACAAAGGGAAGCAUAGUCUGGGUUCUUGAAAGAAGACUUCAAGUUGCAUUGUGCUAUUGGGUAAUUUUAAAAAAACCCAUUUGUAUGGUUGACCAUUUGACCAUUUGACAUUAUGACCAUUUGUAGCAUCCCAUACUCACAUGAUCAUAAUUUAAGGCUUUCUUGCUGGAAACUGAUGUUUACUUUUGGUUUCCAGGAAAAUACAUUCUUUGCGGGCAAUGGAUUCUCUUAACAACCAUGGUAUUUGGUUUAUGAUCGUGACGUUUGCUUAAUAUCCAGUGGUAAAAAAAAAAGAUAAAAUCAGUUACAGUCACAUGGUGACUCACUUAACAACUGGCACAAGUUACAAACAUAAUUUCAGGUUUAAACAUGGCUCUUAAAUUGAGGAUCAUCUGUUAGCACAAACUGUCUAAGUAUUACACAAGUAACAAAAUGAUAGAUGCCAACAUGACUUAAUACGGUACCCAGGUUUAUUUUAUAUUGUGGUUUCUGGUGUUUUUUUUGCUUGAGGUGGAAUAGAGAAGUAUUAAAAAAACCCAGGAAGUUCUAAUGUUGUAAGAUAGGAGUUGACUACAUACCUCAAGGCCAGAGGUUUGUGGGUACAGAGUUAAUAGAGAAAGAAGGAAAUGCAAAUAUCUGACAGUGUCUAACUGUCUAACUAAUCCAGGUCUAACAAUAACUAUAGCUGCUGUCAUUAAGAGAUGCAGUCACACAAUGUUUUCCCAAAUGAUCACUUCAUUUAGUGAUGGAACUUCCUGUUUUGAUUAAGAUAAUUAAGCAAGGCCUACCUUAAAAAAAAAAGAACGGUUGUUUUUUAAAAAAUAAAUUUUAUUCAAAGUUUUAAAGACAGUGUAAAAUUGACACAAACUAACCAAGCCAAUAAAAAAAGAACCAAAAAAGAGAAAAAAUUCUAUGAGAAAGAAUAGAAAGAAAUAGAAGGAAACUUCCGAUUUCUUCUGCAGCAAAUAUAAGUAUUACAGCAUUAUCUUUUAUUAUGAUUGCAACAAUCCUCAUUUUUUUCUGUUCAUUUUUUCUAACCAUCAAAAUCACACUCAUUUUUUCUUGUUUCAUGAGGUAAGGAAGUUAAUUUAGCUAUCAAGGAAAGUUGCUGCAUAAAUGGUAGUUACUUUUUAGGUUUCUAAAGAAAGAGCUGUUAAUUAUUGCAGCCAAAACUAAUUGAAUUUGAGAUAGGUAAAGAGAUGGAAAAUGGUCUUUGCUUAAUAGGGUCAUCUAUAGCGUUGGAUUCAAAUAGUUCAUUUGACACUGCAAAAGAUGUCACAUAGUUUGAUGGUUUAGGGGCGCCAAAUUGUUCAUGCAUGAGUGAGAGAGGUUGAAGUGUUCUGUUGGGUAAUUUAGAUAGUUUAAUCGAAAUUCAUUUAUGGAAUUAAAUUUUAACAUGCAUAACAGUGACUUAAUAGAGGAAAGUAUUACAGCAUUAAUAAAUCUAUUUCACAGUACCAGUACUAUUAAUAGCUGAAAACUUUUGGGGAAGUUUAUCCCUGCGGUAGAGUUUAUGGUCAUGAAAUUUGACAUAGAACAUUAUUAAUGACUAUAUAUACUAAUUUGUUGCAGUUUAGAAUGAGGCAUCAAUGCAGUUUUUGAAUCUAAAUAAUUUGCUUGUUACUGCCAUUCAGGCAUCAUGCUCUUAGGCUCCUGUCUUCAAAUCUGUGUUGUGGAAGUAUAUAUAGAUAUGGGUUUCUUAGAAACACUUUUGAUUUUUCAAAGGUUUGCAUUUGGAAAAUAGUUAUAAUUCAAAAGGAUUUUUAUAUUUAUGGAAUGGCUUAAUAAUUGGCAAAUAAUAUUAAAAGGUCUGUAGUAAGAUUUUUCACUAUCUCAUUGGUCAUUACCGUAACAUCUUACCACAAUGGUAUAUUUUAGUAAGAUUAAAUGUUUCCCUUACAUUUGCUACUUAGAAAAUAAUUUCUUACAUAGAUCAAAUUAUAAUAUUUAAUACUUGGCUUUAGUUUAUCUUUGCAGCUAUUGGAAAGUGAUUGUUUUGAAGUAAUGCCCACAGAAAGUGGAAGCUGUGCCACUGCUCGCCAAGCCAAGCAGAAACGAAAAUCUCACAGUCUUUCUAUACGAAGAACCAACAGCUCUGAACAAGAGAGAUCAGGAUUGCAGAGAGAGAUGCUGGAAGGCCAGGAUUCAAAGCUACCAUCGUCCAUUAGAAAUACACUUCUGGAACUUUUUGGUCAAAUAGAAAGAGAGUUUGAGAACCUCUACAUUGAGAAUCUUGAAUUACGCAGAGAGAUUGAUACACUUAAUGAACGCUUAGCAGCUGAAGGCCAAGCCAUUGAUGGAGCAGAAUUGAGCAAGGGGCAACUGAAAACAAAAGCCAGCCAUAGUACCAGUCAGCUGUCUCAGAAAUUAAAGACUACUUACAAGGCAUCAACUAGCAAGAUAGUCUCCAGUUUCAAAACAACAACAUCCAGGGCAAUAUGUCAGCUAGUGAAAGAGUAUAUUGGUCAUCGAGAUGGCAUUUGGGAUGUCAGUGUCACAAAAACGCAACCUGUGGUGCUUGGGACAGCAUCAGCUGAUCAUACUGCUUUGCUGUGGAGCAUAGAGACAGGAAAGUGUCUUGUCAAAUAUGUUGGACAUGCUGGAUCAGUAAAUUCCAUAAAGUUUCAUCCAACAGAACAGGUGUCUCUUACAGCUUCAGGAGAUCAGACAGCUCAUAUUUGGAGAUAUAUGGUGCAGUUGCCCACUCCUCAACCUACCACAGAUUGCAAUCAAAUGUCCGGUGAAGAUGAAGUUGAGUUCUCUGAUAAAGAUGAACCCGAUGGAGAUGGAGAUGGCUCAAGUGAUUGUCCCACCAUCCGAGUUCCUUUGACUUCCCUAAAAAGCCAUCAGGGUGUUGUCAUAGCAGCUGAUUGGCUGGUUGGAGGAAAGCAAGCAGUGACCGCUUCAUGGGACAGGACAGCCAACUUGUAUGAUGUAGAGACAUCUGAACUUGUGCACUCUCUGACAGGACAUGACCAAGAACUUACACACUGUUGCACUCACCCCACCCAGCGCCUUGUGGUAACUUCAUCGCGUGACACAACCUUCCGUCUAUGGGAUUUCAGAGACCCUUCGAUUCACUCUGUGAAUGUCUUUCAAGGCCAUACAGACACUGUGACCUCAGCUGUUUUCACUGUGGGAGACAAUGUGGUUUCAGGUAGUGAUGAUCGUACUGUGAAAGUUUGGGACUUGAAAAAUAUGAGAUCACCCAUUGCCACUAUUCGCACAGACUCUGCAGUAAAUAGGAUUAAUGUUUGUGUCGGCCAAAAAAUCAUUGCCCUUCCACAUGACAACCGACAGGUUAGAUUGUUUGACAUGUCUGGAGUGCGAUUAGCACGUCUUCCUCGCAGCAACAGACAGGGUCAUAGAAGAAUGGUUUGCUGCUCAGCAUGGAGUGAAGAUCAUCCAAUAUGCAACCUCUUCACUUGUGGAUUUGAUCGUCAGGCUAUUGGAUGGAACAUCAACAUCCCUGCUUUGCUUCAGGAAAAAUGAGAAGUUCUCCUCAUGUUUCCCCAGUUUUAUUGCCACAGACUUUGUGCAGACUUUCCUGUAAGCUGCAGUCAGUAUAAAAGGCGCACUUUGAAAAGGGCGGUGGGUGGAAUUGCAAAUAUUGUUACUGCAUUGUGCACAGUUGCAUGAAAUGUACAGAAAAAAAAUGUGACCUUUUCAAAGAAGUUAGGCCAAUGUUUCUGAACUGUGGCAACAUUAAAGUGUAUGAAUUUGAAUUCUCAGAAUUCCCCAGCCAGCAUAGCUAGCCUGGGAAUUCUGGGAAUUGAAGUCCACACAUUUUAAAGUAGCCAAGGUUAAGAAACAUUGAAUUAGGUUCUUGUGUAUGAACUUUUUUUAUCUUGAUAUCCACUGGUGUCUAGAAGGACACUUAGCUUUCCUAUGGAGCAUAUAUGUUUGCAGUUUACUCAUUCUAGUUGAACGUUAGGGCAUUAAGUUCAGCUUAAAUAUGAAUUCUGUGUACUUCCCAUGAAAAAUAUAUAGUUCACCUUUCUCCCAUCACAUUACACAUUUGCCCUGUGGAUAAAAGAGAAUAUAAAGUUACUCUUUAAGAUGAAAGAGGGAGCAGAUUGCUACAAUGUGUAGCUGAGCUUUUCUUGCAUCUAUAUAUAGUGUGAUCUGAAGACUCAAAUAUAGUAUUAAUUUCAACUCCUAGUAUAUCUUAGUUACUGAAUUAAAAACAAGGGUCAGGGAAGAAAACUAUAAAUAUCUUUAUAUAACAGAUAUAAAAUGUUGGAUUGCCAUAUUGGGAAUGAAUACUCCUGUACGUUUCAAGACCUAUUUAAAUUAUUACACUCCUGGUCUGAGGAACCACUCUGUCAGAUUCUCACAUAAGGCAAAUGACAAUAUUUUACAAUCAUGCAAAUCUGAAUAAGUUCUUAAAGCACUUUAGUUUAGAUAUAAACCCCAAAUGUCCAGUUACAUUUCCUGAAGAAUGUGAGACUUGUAUCUAAGAAGGAUUUUCCUUACUAGUUUUUUGUGAAUAUUUUAAAGCUGGUGAGUAAAUCUUGUUAUUUUACUUGUUUUUAUUUUUUUAAAAAAUACACCGAUGUUUUAAUGUAGAUUGACAUAAUUCUCUUUGAGCCAAGGACAACACAAGGCCGUGUCCAAGCAUUCUGCCACACAAAGGGCGUUGCUUCUCUCCCUUCCCUCUCUCACUUAAUGGCCAUUCUUGGAAAAAAUAAUUUUAUGGGAUAGGUUGCUUGCAUUACCAAUUUUAAACUGAAUUUUAAACUAAAUUACUAAAGAUUAUCAAAUUUUAAACUGAAUUUUAAACUAAAAUUGAAGCAAGUUUAAUAAAACUUUACCAGGCUGAAAAAGUCAGCUUAAGAAAAAUAUAAUCCCUGUUCAACACAAUCCUCUAGCCCCUCCUUAAAUUUCACACCAGUACAUGCUAAGUGGGCAUUAUCCUACUUAAAUUGUGCUGCCAGAUUUGCAUAUUUAAUUCAUAUUUACAAGGGCAUUUGGUAGCCACCAGUUGAAAGAAAAGUCUGAAAGUUGUACUUUCAAAAUUCUUUCACAGAUGAAUGCAGAAAAUUCUCUUUACUGUCCAUUAUUGUCUCCAGAGUGGCAUGCAAAUUGCUUAACAAAGAGUUUAAAAUUAAUUUUUAUAAAUAAGAAGUGUAGAAAGUAUAGCUUGGGUGGGGUGGACGACUUCAUAUAGCUUGCCAAGAUCUGCUUUGUGACCCAACAGAACUCUUUUUUGAGUAAAUGGUAGAAAAAUUGUCCCAUUUGAUGGUGUUUUAAUUAGAAAAUGGUAUCUUAAUCCUUGGAGAUGUUUGAAAACACUUAUUCAAUUUCUUUAAGCUUUGUGACUACCUCCCAGACAAGCUUUAGGGGACGCGGUGGCUCAGUGGCUAAGACACUAAGCUUG